CCGGAAACCGCCGCGAAAAUUUGAACAAUUCGAGCCGGGCCCCGGUAUUUUCAAGGCCGGCAUCAGUAUGUGCAUAACUGUACCCACGUACCAUUACUGCAUCAUUCCAUAACCCGGGCAGUUUUGGUGUGAGCUCCCAAAUUCCAUCCGUGAACAACCCCCAGCACCACCACCACAACCUGCAAUUGGGCCCAACAUGGCCGCCAGAGUGCUGCUGCGACGGCGUGUCGCCGCGCCUUUCACAGCCGCGGCUCUGGUCGGGGCCGCUUUAUUUCCCUCGGUUGCCCUGGCCGAGGCGCCCCCGUCACAAGACCACCACUAUACCUCUAAGAAGAAGCCCAUCUACGACGACUACGAGCAGUUCCCGCGGCCCAAAUUCAACAGCAGCAGCAGCAGCGCCGGCAGCACUCUCAGCGGCAGCACGCUCGUCUCGGAGCCCGCGUCGGACAGCGCCAAAUCGCCCGAGUCCCCGGUAGAAAAGCUGGAGCAGCAAGAUCAGCAGCAGCAGCAGCCGGACGAAGAGGACGAGGGGGGGAGGCACCACCACCACCACCACCACAGCCCGUCGCCGACGGACCGGCUGGCGGCGCAGAUCGGGCGGGCGCGGCUGUUCCUGCACGGGUACGCGGCGGCAGCGGAGGACGGGGUGAACGCGGCGGCGGACCGGGCGUUCCGGCUAGAGCGGUCGCUGACGGAGACGGUGGCGUCGCUGGCGCCGGCGCGGGACAGCGGCGAGACGCUGAUGCCGGGGCUCGUGUACGUGCUGGUGGCGGGGAUGGCGGGCAGCAUCGCGGCGCGCAACCGCGGGCUGGCGCUGCGCGCCGCCGCGCCGCUCGCCCUCGGCCUCGGCGCCGCGCGCCUGCUGCUCCCCGUCACCACCGCCAACGUCGCCGACCUCGCCUGGCGCUACGAGCAGCGCCUCCCCGCCCUCGCCGCCGCCCACGCCCGCGCCGACGACCGCGUCCGCGCCGCCUGGCGCUUCCUCGUCGUCCACGCCGCCGCCUCCCGCCGCUACGUCGACGACCGCGUCGCCGACGCCCGCGACCUCGUCGAGGGCUGGGUCCGCAAGGGGAAAUAGAGGAGGGAGAUGGAAAGAAAAAUAAAAAUAAACGAGGAGCAGGUAGAUCUGCGGGUAGAGUAAAUAAGCAAGUCGGGAUGGACAAGGCGAACAAAAGGGAGAAGGGUGCGAGAGGAGGGAGAGCCUCGCCAAAUCUCCUUGUACAAUUAUAGAGGCUGAACAUAGACGUCCCCUCUAGAAAAUCUAGAAAAGAACACACCGGAAUUUCCGCUUCGCGUAAA